AUGACAAAAAAGAGUGAAGAGACCACUAGGAAAAAUUUGGAGGAUUCUUUGAAGGCAUUAGAACUUGAUAAAAUAUAUAAAGAUUUCUUUACAAAGGAUGUAUCAUCUAUUUAUGAUGAAAAAUGUGAUGCGUUCAAUACUUUAGGUACGGAAAAAGAAAAUGUGAAAAAAGUUUGCACCAAGCUAGUACGUUUCGUGAAAAAAAUAUCUGAAUUGGAAAAAGAAGAAGAAAGUGCUAAAUAUUGUAAAUAUUUACCUUAUUGGUUAUAUGAUGAAAUAGGGGGAAUACAUUUAGAUCACACGACAAACUUUUUUAAAAUACGAUAUGCUCAAGAACUUAUACGUAUAGGUAAUGCAGUAAAUAAAGAAAUUAAUGAGAAAUAGAUGUUUAUUUAUUAUAAAAAUCAAACAAAUAUUGAAAAUACUAUUAAUUCUCAGAGUACCUAUGAUUGUAAUAACUAUUUUACAUACUUAACUAAUAUUAAAUUGCUGUACGAUAAAUUAAAGAAUGAUAAAUUCGAUUACUUUAGUUGUGAAAAUACGAAAGACCCAGCGGAUCUUUUACCUAAAGCAAAAGAAUGUAAGGCUAAAGGAUCUGGAGGUGGUUGGGGCAAAAUUUUUGGAAUAUUAUUUGGGGGUUCUUCAUCUAGAACAGAUGCAAAUAGAAAUGGUACAUUAACGCAAGCGGCAACAAGGGUUGGAGGGUUAGAAACGAAAACGCCCGGAAGUGGUAAAAAUUUAUCACCAGCUCUUUUACCAAAGGAUAAAGGAGUAAAAGAAACAACGGAAUCUACAGUAGCUGAAGAUAAAUCAAAAGGUCUAUCAAGUUUAACAAGUUCGCCAAGUACAGGUGCUUUAGCAGGUCCAGUAGCUGGAUCAGCGUCAUCUCUGCAGACAGGCAGUUUAAAUCCUAAAGGUGGUUUUAGUACCCAAUCAAGUGGGAGCCCUGCUCUCGGUGUUCUUCCAUUGUCACCUAAUACAUUAGAUACUAGAAGAGAUGCAGUACUUGUGCCAAUUGCUGAUUCUCCUACUACUUUGGAAGGUGUAUCUGAUAGGUUAGACACAAACAUUUAUCGUAAUAUCAUCAUGACUGCUGCAAUAAUUGGAACGAUAUUAUUUCUUUUCUAUUAUAACAUGUCUUCUGGAUUAAAAUCAAAUUCUCCAAAAAGAAAACGAAAGAAAAAAAUAUUCGAGCAUAAUUAUUACGAAGAGUAUGAAAAAGAGUUAGAGAAGUAUGAAUCAGAAAAUGAAUCUUUAGAUUCUCAAUCAGAUCGGUAUUAUUUGAAUUAUAAACCUGAAGGAGAUUCUUAUUACUAA